GUCGGGAGUAAGACCGGGGCAGAAUGUGGGCGCAAGUGAGCCGAGGAGCUGAGGAGUUUUACGCUCGCCUUCUUCAAGAAUUUAAUGAAGAAAAGAAAGGAAUCUGUAAAGACCCAUUUAUCUAUGAGGCUGAUAUCCAAGUGCAGUUGAUCAACAAAGGUCAACCAAACCCUCUGAAAAAUAUUCUAAAUGAAAAUGACUUAGUAUUCAUUGUGGAAAAAGUGCCAUUAGAAAAGGAAGAAACAAGUCAUGUUGAAGAACCACAUACUGAAGAAACUGCUAUUUCUGAUUUCUCUACUGGUGAAAAUGUUGGACCACUUGCUUUACCAGUUGGGAAAGCAAGGCAAUUAAUUGGACUUUACACCAUGGCUCACAAUCCUAAUAUGACCCAUUUGAAGAUUAAUCAGCCAGUUACUGCCCUUCCUCCCCUUUGGAUAAGAUGUGACAGUUCAGAUCCUGAAAGUACCUGUUGGCUAGGAGCUGAGCUUAUCACAACAAAUGACAGUAUUACAGGAAUUGUCUUGUAUGUGGUUAGUUGUAAAGCUGAUAAAAAUUAUUCUGUAAGUCUGGAAAACCUAAAAAAUUCACACAAGAAAAGACAUCACUUGUCUACUGUAACAGCCAGAGGCUUUGCCCAGUAUGAGCUCUUUAAGUCCACUGUUUUGGAUGAUAUAGUCACCCCAUCACAAACUACAAUCACUUUGGAUAUUUCCUGGAGUCCUGUCGAUGAGAUUCUUCAAAUUCCCCCACUCUCUUCAACUGCAGUUCUGAAUAUUAAAGUGGAAUCAGGAGAGCCCAGAGGUUGUUUGAAUCAUCUUCACAGAGAACUGAAAUUUGUCCUUGUUUUGGCUGAUGGUUUGAAGACUGGUGUGACUGAAUGGCUCGAGCCCCUGGAAGCAAAAUCUGCUAUUGAACUUGUGCAAGAAUUUCUGAAUGACUUAAAUAAGCUGGAUGGAUUUGGUGAUCCUACAAAAAAAGAUGCAGAGACAGUGAAUCAUGACACUGCUGCAGUUGAUAGGUCCGUACUUAUCACAGUGCGGGGUGAUCUUGAUUUUGCUGAACAACUUUGGUGCAAAAUGAGCAGCAGUGUGGUUUCAUAUCAAGACUUGGUGAAGUGUUUCACGUUGAUCAUCCAGAGUCUACAACGUGGUGAUAUACAGCCAUGGCUCCAUAGUGGGAGUAACAGUCUACUAAGUAAGCUCAUUCAUCAGUCUUAUCAUGGAACCAUGGACACAGUUUCUCUCAGUGGGACUAUUCCACUUCAAAUGCUUUUGGAAAUUGGCUUGGACAAACUAAAAAAAGAUUAUAUCAGUUUUUUUGUAGGUCAGGAACUUGCAUCUUUGAAUCACUUGGAAUACUUCAUUUCUUCAUCAGUGGAGAUACAAGAACAGGUUAAUCGUGUUCAAAAACUUCACCAUAUUCUAGAAAUAAUAGUUAGUUGCAUGUUUUUCAUUCAACUUCAACAUGAGCUCCUCUUUUCUUUAACACAAUCCUGCAUAAAAUAUUAUAAACAAAAUCCUCUUGAUGAGCAACACAUUUUUCAGCUGCCAGUUAGACCAGCUGCUAUAAAAAACUUAUACCAAAGAGAAAAGCCACAGAAAUGGAGAGUGGAAAUAAAUAGCGGUCAGAAAAAGGUUAAAACAAUUUGGCAAUUGAGUGACAGUUCACCUGUAGACCAUCUGAAUUUUCAGAAACCUGAUUUUUCUGAAUUAACACUAAAUGUUAGCCUGGAAGAAAGGAUACCCUUUACUAACAUGGUUACCUGCAGCCUGGUGCAUUUUAAGUGAAGUGAGCUGAGGAGGUCCUCCAUAAG